AGGUGACCGCUGGCGGCGCGGUCACGUGCUGGGGCGCGCCCGCGGCUGGUGGCCAUGGCGGCCGCAGGCUCCUGUGUGGCCAGGCGAGUGGAGGAGCUGGGGGACCUCGCGCAGGCCCACAUCCAGCAACUCAGUGAGGCCGCCGGCGAGGACGAUCACUUUUUAAUUCGGGCCUCUGCAGCUCUAGAAAAAUUGAAACUCUUGUGUGGAGAAGAAAAAAAGUGUUCAAAUCCAUCGAAUCUACUAGAACUUUACACACAGGCUAUUUUGGACAUGACAUAUUUUGAGGAGAACAAGCUAGUAGAUGAAGAUUUCCCUGAAGACUCUUCCCAGAAAGUGAAAGAGUUGAUCACUUUUCUUUCAGAACCAGAAAUUUUAGUUAAAGAAAAUAAUAUGUACCCAAAACACUGUGAUUUACUUGGGGACGAACUCUUGGAAUGUCUCUCUUGGCGACGAGGAGCUCUACUUUAUAUGUAUUGUCAUUCUCUGACCAAAAGGAGAGAGUGGCUCACGAGGAAAUCUGGUUUGCUUAAAGAGUACCUUGUUGAUGGAAUCAGUUACUUGCUACAGAUGCUAAAUUAUCGGUGUCCUACCCAAUUAGAUGAAGGAGUUUCUUUCCAAGACCUAGACACAGCUAAGUUACUGAGUGAAGGAAUAUUCAGUGACAUUCACUUGCUGGCUAUGAUGUACAGUGGAGAAAUGUGUUACUGGGGAUUGAAGCAUUGUGCCGAUCAGCAGCUAGAAAACCAGGGCGUGGACGCAGGUGUUUCUGGAGCAAGCUGCACUACACACAGAGAGCCCUUGGAUUUCCGAGAAGUAGGAGAGAAAAUUUUGAAAAAUAGAGUGAGUGAUCAAGGCAGAGAGCCUAACUGCUGUCUUGCAUACAGUCUGUCUACCUCUACGCCAGGACUUCGUCACAUUCCCCAACCUACUCCAUGGCCACACCUGAAGGUCACCAUCCUGAGUUUCUCUUUCUGCAAUCUUAAAUUUUAGUGAUUGAUGAUAAUGCUCAUCUGCCUAGCUUUUCUGCCUCUUCAUGUUUAUUCAUUCUUCUCUCCUUUACUUACUUCACAGCCUCCUCCUCUUGACUGCCGCCUCUUCUCCUAAACUAUCAUAUCAGCCCCUUUCAGAUGUUCCCCCUGCCUUAUCCAGCCUCCGCCUUGGGGGAACCGACCCUGCGAAUCUGUCUUCCCCUGGGCCUUUACCCUCAUCAUUCUGUGAGCCCUCAACAUUGAAUCAGUUCUGUCGUUCACCUUUUCUGGAUGCUGCGUUCCAUGCAAAGUACAUGCAGCCCUUCAAACUGGAACUACUUUAAGUGUCUCGGCCUCAGCUUCAGAGGAGCCCUCAGUGUGAGCCUGUGUCUGUGACCAGUGUGGCCCCUCUCCCUGUCCCACUGAGGAUGGUCCAGACCACGUUUCCUCUGUCCCCUCCCCUCACACAUGGUUAGGUCCCGUCUUACAGGAAACCGAGACUACGAGGUCCGGAUCUAUUGACCAGCUUUGCCCGACUCAUUUAGAGGAAAAGAGGAGCCUCCUCCCUCUUGAAGACCAAUCUCCACCUGUCCUGUCUGCCAUCUUCCUCGUUUCCCCUGCGGCUGCUCUCUGGGCCUACCUCUGCCGUGUUGAUCUUCCCUAGAGCCCACCCUCUUUCUCUCCCCCUUCGCUCCCCUCUUCCUUCCGUCGUCCUCUUCUUUUUACUGAUUCUCCACACUCUUCUUAUGUGACACCCUUCAGAGCCAUGGCUCCUGUUGCUCCUGGAAUCUCGCCAUCCCCUGUGGUGACGGAUCCACUGCUUGACUGUUGUUUUCCUUCUGAUUGGUAAACUUCGUAUUUUAAACAUUUCUCUUUAUACAUAAUACUUAACACAUCUUAGGCCAUUGGUAAAGUGUUUUGAAUUAAUAAGAGGCAUGAUUCUAAGUGCCGAGCUCUGCACAAAAGGGUGGCUGCUAGGAUUCCACACUGCCAUGCCCUCUACCUACACCAGUGUUGACAAGGCAAAUCGCACCUCAGGAGUAAAGUGUUAUGAGAGUUAGAGCCUGAGAAAACAAGAGAACUUUCUUUAAAAGCUGGGAGCUUCCGUUUUGCCUUCAUGACCUUGUGAACCACGUGGGUCUCACUGCUGGUGCAGUUAGGAGGGUGCUGUAAGGUGCUUUUUACUGAGUCUACCCCACACACAAUUGGAGGAUAAUUUUCCAUCCCCCCACACAACUGGAGGAUAAUUUGUAUGCCAUGACCGUUACAAUACUUUUUACUCUAGUGUAUUAUAAAACAAUGAUCACAUUUUUGUAUGUUAAAGCCUGCUAAGUAAAUUCUGUUUCAUUUAGAAUGAAGUCACUUCAAGAUACCAAAUAUUCCACAUUAGGAAGGUACUGUAAUUCACUUAUCAACAACUUUUAUGUGCCUUCUACAUGCCGGGUUUUGUCCUGGCACUGAGGAGAUAGAGCUUCGUAAAACACCCUCUUUCCAAGUUUGUAUUCCUGUGAAGGAAGCUGACACAUUUUAAGAAAUAAAUGGGUAGCAUGUUAAGUGAUGAGUGCUGUGCAGAGGAAAGCAGGGUCAGGGGCUAGUGUGACUGGAGAGGAGUGCUAUUUGUAGGGUGGGUGGGAAGGCACCGCCAAGCACCUAUCUACUUUAGCAUUUGUGUCUUCAAUUUCCACCCCUUUGGUUAAAUGCCUUGAACAUUCAGUCCGUUUAUAAAGCUCUUCUUUCUGACGGAAGUUCUGAUACUGCAUUGAGAAGGGAGUCACUGCAUGUGACCAUGUCAUUUUAUUACAUCUAUAGGCUGCUCUCCAGUGUGGGCUUGACCGAUGGGUGAGCAAUGACCUGAAGGCCUGGUGCACUUUUUUACACUUGGGUUUCUCCUUUGGGUUCUCUGAUAUUUACUAGAUCUUAAACUCUGUUAAUGGUUUUUCAUAAUCUUUAUAUUUGUGUAGUUCUUUCCCUAUAUGAAUUUUCAUAUGUCAACUAGGCUUUGAGAUUUAAAAGCCUGUCCACCUGGCUGCAUUUGUAGGGUUUCUGGCUACUGUGAAUUGUAUCAUGCUGAUUAAGGUGCAAAUCAUGACUAAAGACUUUCCCUUAUUCCUUUGCAUACCAUAGAGUGCGGUGGACUCAUGGCUAAAACCCGACAAUAUAAUUACAUUCCUUCCUUUACCAUCCACUGUGAAUCCUGUGGUGUUCAUUAAAGUGGGAGAUGUGUCUGAAGCAUGCUCAGAUUAAUUUUAGUGGCAUUUUAAAAACCCACAGCUGGUUGACAUGUGAGUUUUAGUUUGCUUAUCACUCCUCUCUCUACCUUUCAGGGUUCCUUUUUCUGGCUCACAUAAGGAUACCCCAUCUGCCAUAGAAUCCAGGAUUCUGUAGUUCUCUAGUAUCACUUGUACUAUUAUUUUUGAAGAUCUAAUUGACUUUAUUAACAGAUUCAUGAACUGGGGAAUAUUCCAUCUAGGAACUAGAAGGUGCUCCCUUUUUUUUGGUAUUAUAUUUUAGCACAAUAUGAGAUAUAUUAUGAAAGUAUUACAUUAGAAUAAUUUUAAUGUAUCCACAAUUAAAGUAUGUAUUGUAUAUUCAUGCUGGUGUUCUCUGUUGUUAUUGUUUGUUUUCCUACUUCUAGUGAAAACUUCCAAGUAAAAUGUUUUAGGGCAUAUGAAUUUUUAAGAAAAAAUUAAACCAUGUUCCCACAUU